UCAUUUCCCAGAAAAGUCUCGAGAUCCAAUCAUCCAAGCGCCCUGCCUCGUGUACUAAACGAGGGUUCCUGCCAGCAAAAACCAUGCAUCGUUUCCGCAAAAGGUCCGACCCUAGCAGGAGCCGCCCGUUUGACGAAGACCGUUGGUUCACACCGACAUCUGAGCACACAGCACUUCCGCCUGCUAGUGACUUUCGGACAUCACUCAUACUACCAGAUCUUACUCGCCGUUUCACGCUUCUCCGCUCCCCCUACGGCGAUCCUCUUACACUUGACGAUCUCAGGUCCAAAUUUGCAGAACAGAGAGCCCGUGGUGUGCCAAACCAGAUAUCAGAGGAGGAAGAGGACAUGAUCCUUGAGACGCUUGGGCGGAUGCGUACCAAAAAUGCUGCGCCUAGUACCACUUCGAGCAGCAAACUUGAGGGCGGCUCUGGCGCUAAUGCCACCGACCUGGGGAUGGAAUCCGACUACACUCACGAGCGUACCUCUCAUAUAUCCACCACGACCUCUUCGACUACAUACCCAGCUUCAUCUGUUACUUCAUCCCCGUCGCCGAGUUCGCGUUCAACAAAGAGGUACAGCAAUAAUCUUUUUGCAUCUGGACGGUUUCGCGAGUACAGCUAUCUCCGCUCUGUGUCGCAAAGAAGCGGCAGCAGCCGUGGCGCAGCCUCUAUCACACCAUCAGACUCCGAUCAUAGUCUCAGAGAGAAACCCUCGUCAAACUAUUCUGAGAGUUUGAGACCUGCAACGCCCGAAGGCAGUGGUCCUGUAUCUUCAGUACCUUCCAGCCCCAACGACAAGACUCCCCUAGCUCGUUCCACGUCAUUAAUAUCCUCUAUCGAAGAUUUUCCUUCGCAGGCGCUCGCGGACAACAACAAAAGUAGCGCACAUCCAUCAAGUAACAGUUCCGUCAGCGUUCAGCGCGUUGAACUUGCUUUGGAGUGUGUUAUACGGGACUUUGAAGAGGAGGCCGAGGAUGAGAUACUCAUGCCUAGAACAGCACAUCCUGCUCCGCGGUCGAGUGACGUAGAACAGUCGAGUGCUUCAUCUCCAGCUAGUGAUUCGACAUCAGGAGCUUCGACUCAAUCACCCAAUAACUACGAAGGCGGAACCGCAAUAUCAUCAGAUAAACAGUUGAAUAUUGACAACGAGAGGCAACGCUUUUCCCCAACCCCAUUGGGUCGUGCGGGCACCAUCUCGCCCACCCCUCGUCUUCCAGGUUACAUCCCUGGAAUGCCCCGUCCUAUGACGCCCCGUGAUCCCUCAUUUGACUCUGAUGAUGCGCGGGCGCAUUCCGCAACUCCACGUGCGAUGUCACCUACACUUCCAAAUAUGAAUGGAGCGUCACUUAUUACCACCACCUUCACUUCAAGCUUACUCCGGCGAGGUUCAGACGCAUCUCGUAGCACCCCACGACCCAUCUCGCCGUCCGUGGCCCCACCUGCAAGUUCGUUUUUGUCACGUAGUGCUGGUGGUCAAUACUCGUCGGACAGUCAACGCGAGAGCGCGAGUGGUACUGACCAGGAAGCUUCUGUGUCAUCUGCCUUUAGGAGGAAACCCGUAUCUCCAUUGACGGGCUCCGCCUUCCGACCUAUGGUCGUAUCUUCUCGACCGGGUACUCCAUCGAACAUUACUUGGAAUGUCAACUCACCCUCUAGUACCCCUUCUAACUCCAACCGCACUCACAGCAGGCGGGGUAGUUCUUCUAGUCACAGUCACAGUAGAAAUGGUAGUCUGAGCACGGACACCGAUCUUCAAUCUAAUGCGGAUAAAUCCAAAUCUCCAAACCGGUCAGUUCGAGUGCCCGUGCCUCCUGAGAGUCCCGUUUACCCUCAGGCGCCCAAUGCUGGAGCGUGGAACCGUUCGACUAGUCCUGCUCCUGCAGACCGUCGUUCCCCGUCCAGCCUUUCAGGUAUCGUCAACUAUGGGUCCUCACUUUCAUUUUCGAGCCGCAGUAUACGGUCCCCCACUCCCACUCAGUCUCGGUCCACCACCGCCUCUCCCGCAUUCCCUUCAAACGACUCUCCGGGUUUCUCCAACCAUGCCACCGUCCGUUCAUCAAGACAUCAUCACAAGUCAUCCUCGCAUUUCUCUCUUGGACUUUCUCAGCCUGCUGCCUUUUCAGCGUUGGCCAACUCAUCUCAGUCUUCGCUGGAGUCCACUGGAUCUAGUUAUCACUCAUGGUCUGUUGAGCAGAAGAAAGAUGUAACCGUCGACCUCUUUAGCGAUGUUGAACAACAAUCCAGGUGGCAUGAUCUGGACAAGUCGAGCUCCGCUACUCCAGGUAGCUUGCAGGAUGAUGAAGACUUUGAGGACAUCAUACGGCGGUAUGCAGGUCUGACCAAAUCUGAUUUCGUGGUCAUUCAAGACAAGCUGGUGAGCGCUGCGCGCGCAAAGGAAAAUAAUACAGAGCCUCGAGAGCGGACUAACUCGCUGCGGAGACGGAGGCCAUCGACCUCGCAGUCGAACUACUCCCAGAACGGCCGUGAUAACCGGGUUGCAAGCCCGCCCCCGAACCAACCGGCCGCUUCCCAGGUGUCCCCCACCGGACGGCGCUCCCCAGCGCCUGAUCAAGCUGCCAAGGCUCAUGCAUUGCUUGACUCCGUCGUGGGGAGCAUCCCCCGCACAUCUACGAUUGGCGUCGUGACCGAUAACAAGGUGGAAUUGGAGGAUCCCUCAGAGAUCAAGGUGUCCCCUACUACCACGCGUCGCAAUAGGGAUUUAGCUCGCGCCCUUGGCUUCGGAGACGAGCAAGGAACUAUGACAUCACCGCAGGACAACAGUCCACCCGUAGAAGACGUUCCGCAGUCCAAUGAUCCAUCACAGAUCCAGGUACCACCGGCAACAACUCCUCAGCCAGUCGCGUCGCUUACUCAGGAUGAUAUUCAGCUGUCGUCCAAUGCGUCACCAUAUAACCUCCCAUUGCGGUCAGAUUCGGUACGAAGCCCUCGACCGUUAAUGGAUCAGAGCGAACUCGUGAACGAAGUUCGGCGGAAAGCAGAAGCGGCUACGGCUGCUUUGAUGAAGACGUCUUCUGGCCAGAAAUUUACUGACGCCAAUGCCUCAAGCAUAUCUGUGACGCGGAAGAAAAUCACCCCCAGCCAAAUAUCUGCACCCCAUUUAGUGUUAGCACCUACCAGAGUAGAAACCAUCCCUCUUCCACAACAGCCAAAGGCUCCUACUUCUGCACCUCUCACCCAUCAGCCCUCUCUGAACAUCACCCAGAGGAUGAGGCGUCUCCGUAAUACUCUGAGAGUCAAACAGCCAGUUCCGAGCGGUGAAGAAGUUACUCCCUUCCCUCUCGGCCUCCAGCCCAGCGCUGCACCGCCCCCUUCGGCUUCUCUGAAUCGCAGGCCGACAUUGCCUCUUACCAAGGGUUAUCCCUAUGGAAGCUCGACAGAUUUAGGCAAGGCUAAGUCACCGACAUCAAUAUCCAGUCCCCCGGCCUCAGCUACCCCUGGCCUGAGAGGCUUCAUGUCCCGCUUCCGAAAGCGUGCGGCAGAUGCUCAAGCUGAAAAUGGCAAUGGGCUUUCACGAGCUUCUCCAACCACUCCUUCUCCGACGACUUCGUUACAUCAUGGUCAAGGCCUAGUUGGUUCUCCUGUUAAUACCGUUUCACCCGCAUCGGCACCCGUCCCUGCUUCUACUUCCGUGCCCAUAGUAGGUGGCGUUCGGCCAAGCAUUGAUGGACCGCCAGCGAUGAGCAAUGAUUCUGCUGCCGUCAAACAGUUGUUUGAAGCAGCUACCAAUCUUGGUCUUGAUCAAGCCGCAUUAAAUGACCUGUUAGCACGGUCCGCCUCCGUUUCAUCACGUACAGCGGGUUGGUCUCUGUCAAGGAGUACAUCAAACGCCACGGCAGGCUCAUCCAUAGCACGAGGUGACCUCUCAGCCAUGCGAUCUCGAUCACCUCUCCCAGAACCACAAUUCAGCGAUGAUGGCGGCAUCAGCAGCGGAGGAGACGAUAGGACUGUGAGAAAACUCUCCAUUCGCAAAACGGGGGAAUCCAGUCACAACCAUCAAGGCAUUCCUGAGAAUCCCACUAUUGUUAGGAGAACGCUUAUCUUUCCCUCGGACUUUCGUGCAUCUAAAACCGACUUGAGCCAGAUGGCGCGUAAGCCUUCGGGUAAGCGUCAUCGUCGGCCGGGCAGCGCCACGUCUGCACAGUCUGGUCGUUCAGUACAUGACCGCGCACCUACCCCACCGCCACCGAAGUCGAACGGAGGAAAGCGAUUCUCGACUGAUCGGUCACCUCCUUUACCCACAUCAAUGACCGCUCAAGCUGAGGCCCUUUUACAUCCUUCAACGUCAGGUGCACCUGUCGAGAAGCCGAACUCUGCGUAUGAUUCUCUAUACGACAUGUACGCUGGUGAGAGCAAAAAUACAAAUGCACCCGCUGACGAUGCGGUGGACAUUGGAAGCUCUCAUGAAGAAGGUCAUCCUGACGGUGCUGCCCUUGAACUGAUUGAGAUGGCGAAUGGCGAAACAAUCUGGUCAAUAGUGAACGGCUUGCGUGACGACGACCUUGAAUCAGUUUAUGCCAGUAGAACCAGUCUUGCAUCCGAAUAUUCUUUGCGUGAUAACACUGAAGGUCUGCAAGUGUUUGUUAAGGAACACGGCAAAUCGACGUCGAAGAGCAGUGGUUCAUCGUUCCUUUCACGUAAAAAGUCAUCACAGAGCAAGAACCGACCUGAAACCAAGGUUUUUUAUAGCUCCUCCACUCAUAUCGGUCGUUUGAUCGAGUCACUUUCCCAGGGGAUGGACGCUGGUUCAUUCAAUUUUGGUAACCUACCCCCUGACCGCUCUACCCCAUUAUCAUUCCACUCUGACACCGAUAUGCAUUGGACGGUUGAAGAAAAACUGGAACACAUGCUGGGAUCGAUGAGAAAUCCUUGAUUGCUGGAGUCAAUAAUCGUUUAUGCUAUAUUGAUCUUUUCUCGUUAGCUUGGUCUUGCUUGCACGGAGAAUUUGUGUUUA